AAGAAGAAAAUCUACUUCUCGCGAUAUUCCGCUUAAAAAUAACGCGGGACAGUGGGAGGAAUGAAUCCGUUGUAACAACCACAGCCGUGGUUGAAAGAAAGACAACAUUAGACAGUCGAGGGCAACAAAUGUUACUAGCGACACCUUGUAAUGAAUGACAUUGUCCUCAGCGCAGCUUUGUUUGCUGGACUCGCCCGAUAUAAACAAUAGCAACAGCUUAACACGGUUAACGCUUCUGUUUACCGUCGACAGACGUUUGUUAGCUAACAGCAACUAACCAGCUGACUGUGGCUCGGUUUCUAAAUGGACCCCACGGAGGACUUGUCUGCUCGGGUCCUGCUGAAACACAUUCUCAGCACCGAGACACCCAGGGCUCCCAUCACCCGCAGUGCCUCCAAAACGGCGACUAGCAGCGCGACCAGAAGUAGCAACAGACUGAGCAGGAGAGAGGCUGGUGCACAAACCCCACAGGACAUCCUAAGACGCAGCCUGAGACACAAAAUACAUGAGAGUAUAACCAGGCAAUCCCUGCCCGCUACUAAAAGGAGGACUGCCUCCGUCAGAAAGUUGCCUGCUUCAACCUCAGUGCUGUUUGAGGAUGGAGACACACCGAGGCACAUACUCAAGAAUAUCCUGCGGACAGAGCUGGUGAAGUCCCCUGUGGUUCAUGAAAAAGCUGUGUCAGAAGAGCCACAGCCAUCUUCAGCAGCCUCCAGCAUCACAAGGAAGCGUACUAGUUUAGAGCUUUCAGGGUUGGACUUGCCUGAUUUAACUAUUGGCAACAUAUCGAGUACUGAAAAGGCACUGAGCAGGAAGAGACCACGUCGGAGCCUUAAUGUAACAGCUUUUGAAAAGCGUCUUAAAGAUGGAGGAGAUGUUGGGGAAAAGGAAGAAUCAAUAGGUGACCAUUCAUCACUUUCUUUGUCAAGUCUUUGCAGUUCCACUUCUCUGAGUCUAAAAACCCCCUUGGUGGAUGUUCAGACUGAAAAAAAGGGCUUGCAGAGAAGAGUUUCUAACCGUCGAAAAAUCUCAGAGGAAGAAUUUUGUGCUGCUGUAAAUAAAAGACAGAUGGAAGGAUUAAGCAGCUUUGUGCAAUUGGAACAGGGUCUUAGUGAGACUGCCUUAUCUGAGGGCUUCAGUUUGGGCCAAAGCAAACUCGGUGGACCUGAUAUCACGGCCAAUAUCCUCCACUGUGACACGGCUCUCUACGCCCGGCCUGAUGCCAUGACCUCCAGCUUUUCCUUUGUUGCAACUCAGGACAAACCAACAGUGAUGGCGUCUCAGCUUCAGAGACAGAUGGAGCAGGAGGAGCAGAUGGAGGCAGAGCAGAGCAAGCUGGGGAAAGAGAAGUCAAUGUAUGCAUUUCCAACUGAAGAGGGGGCUGAACCUCAGAUUGAAAAAGGUAUUUCUCAGUCCGAGGAAGAUGCGGAUGCAGCUGAAUUUCAAAAGGAUAAAGAGAAGAGUACAUCUGAUGGUCAUCUUGAAGAUGCUGCCGCUGUGUCUGAGGAAGAUGAAAACAGACUGGAAAUUGAGGAAGGUGCAGCUGAUUCUCACACUGAAGAGGACGCUGCAACCAGGUCUCAGUCUGAGGAAGAAGAGCCUGCAACAGUCUCUCAAACUGAAGAAGAAGGUGCAGGUGACUCUCAAACUGAAGAGAAACAUUGUGGAGUUGAUUCCCAACCUGAAGAGGAUGUUACAGUCAGGUCUCAGUCUGAGGAAGAGGACGUUGCACCAGACUCUCAAACCGAAGAAGAAGGUGGUGCAGGGGACUCCCAAAUUGAAAAAGAAAUUUCUGUUGAUCUUCAGAGUGAGGAGGAUGUUACAGCCAGGUCUCAGUCUGAGGAAGAGGACGUUGCACCAGACUCUCAAACCGAAGAAGGUGGUGCAGGGGACUCCCAAAUUGAAAAAGAAAUUUCUGUUGAUCUUCAGAGUGAGGAGGAUGUUGCAACCAGGUCUCAGUCUGAGGAAGAGGAGGGUAUACCAGACUGUCAACCCAAAGAAGGGACUGUUGAUCUGCAGAGUGAGGAGGAUGUUGCAACCAGGUCUCAGUCUGAGGAAGAGGAGGGUGCACCAGACCGUCAAACUGAAGAAGAAGAAGGUGCUGUUGAUCUGCAGCCUGAAGAGGAUGUUUCAGCCAAGUCUCAGUCUGAGGAAGAAGGGGAUCUUACAGAACAUCAAAGUGAUCAAGAGGAUCCUGCAGCCAAUUCUCAAUCUGAAUCUGGCGAUUUGGCUGAUUCUCAACCUGAAUAUAAGCAUGAUGAGAAGCCAUGGGAGGAAGAUGGUGAGCAGGCGUCAGAACAGCAGGAACAGGACUUGGAACACAUCAGUCAAAGGGCUAGGCACUCUGAGGGUAGACUCAUCAUGCCUGUGAAAGAAGCAGGUGGAGAUUUGGCAGAUGCCACAGAGGAAGGAUGGUCUGAUGGCAAGUCCAAAGCACACAGCAGCCUGGAAAUGGAAAGCCGUGAGAGCGGUCGGCUUCGUAUUGGGAUCCCUGACGUGGCCGAGUCGUCAACGCAAGAACCACAGGAUGCUUGUUGUACAGAAGCCGAGCCUGAUGCUGAUAAAGAGAACUCCUUUAAUCUUCCGGAGAGGACACAUGAUAUUGAAGAAAGUAGGCACUUGAGUGACCAUUCACCUGAAGAAGAAGCUGCUCAACAGGAGGAAGAGUGGGAGGAUGAAGAAGAAGAGGAAUCUUCAGAGAUCUCCAGCAAGACACCAGCAUUUGUCAGACAGAAAAUUAACUUUUUUCAACCUGAUUCUCAGGCCUCAUCUUCUGCCUUUAAGAAUAUUCAAGUCAGCAGUGGUACAGGUGAAGCUUUUUCUGCACCCAAACCGAAGAAGAUGAGACAAAGGAGGAAAGGGCCGGCUAAAACAGAAGCAAGCCUUCCUAAGAGCUACCUAAUGGGCGUGUUCAAGCACUUUGCCAAAACGAAUGUCUCUGCAGAUGUGUACCCUGUACUACAAGACAUAAUGGAUAAAUACUUUGACCGGCUGGCAGUGGACUUGGAGACAUAUGCUGUUCAUGCAAAGAGAAAAACUAUUGAGGUAGAAGAUGCUGAACUGCUGUUGAAAAGACAGGGUCAUGUGAAUGACAAGGUGCCAGUGGAAGUUCUCAUUGAAAAGUAUCUUCGUAUGGACCAGCGCAAGCUCCUGAUCCCCAUUGCAACCAGUGGAAAUGUUGUUAUCCCUAAAACACGGAGAUAAUUGUUUUAUAUACAGUUACAUUUUUUUUGUCUGGCUUCAUUUUUUGACUGUCAUACAUUUUACUUACCCCUCAUUUGAUUUGGAUAAGUGGAUAACUCCAUUUAAUGUUGUUAAUCAGAAUAUAAAAGUUUCUAUAUGUGUGUAAAUAUUAGUUGACAAUGUGUAUGUGAUCUGUAUUACUGUACUGUUAUAUAUCUGUAAGGAAUGCAGCCUUUGGGUGGUUGACAACAAUGCUUUAUAAUUAUAAGUACAUGUAUGUGUCAACUUUCUUCAUUGAUCUUUUUAUGCAUAUACUUUCUUUUCUGGCAAAGGAGGCUG